CUUACUCUCUGGAUUUUGAAUUUUUCAACUCAGGAGCUUUGGUUUCCCCUCGCAAGCAGGACACCCCAAGGAUGAAAACCGAAAAGGAAGUCCCAGCCAGCCCCACUGCUGAAUCUGAGGGGAACCUCCCACUGGUUGUGGCUGGGAUCGUGGGAGAGAGUUUGCACCAAGCGAUGCCACCACAGAUUAAACUGGAGCCAGAAGGACAGUUGGCAUCCUGGGAAGCCCAGUGGCAGGAUUUCCUGAAGGUAGCAGAGUCCUCUUGCUCCAUGUGGGGAAACACCCAGCAGCUGGGGGCCAAGGACUCCUUCCCUGUCUCAGAGAGCCACCAGGAUCCCAGUGGGAGAACGAGAGCCACGGUCCCACCAGCCUUCAAGCAGGAUGAACAAACGAGUUCCAGCAGCCUGAAAUGCGGAGAUCUAAAAACUGAUCCCGGGGGCAAUCCCAGUCAUGUGACGCUGGACGAGGAAGCCCAUCGCCAACAUUUCAGGGGGUUCUGCUACCAGCCGUCUGAAGGUCCCAGAACAGCUUGCAAACGGCUCAGGAAAUUCUGCUGGGGAUGGCUGCAACCGGAAAGACGCACCAAAGACCAGAUCCUGGAGCUGGUGAUCCUGGAGCAGUUCCUGGAGAUCUUGCCUCUGGAGAUCCAGAGAAGAAUCAGGGGGUAUGGAGCAGAGACGUGCUCGCUGGCAGUAGCUCUGGCAGAGGAUUUCUUGAUGAGGCAGGAGGAGGCAGAGCGACCGGAAGGGCAGGUCCCCAGUCCAGUUCAUGAACAGGCUGGAGAUGUCUCUGGAGCCGGGCAGCCUUCACUAGGGACCAAAGAGAGACCACCCUGUAAGGAGAUCAAGCCGGAGAAAAAUAAAGAUGUUUCCUUAUUAGGAAGUGACCGAGAGAUGUAUCAGCAUGUUGAGGAACAUCAAAAAGCAACUUUUGGCACAUCAGAGAUAAAAGGUGGCGUUUUGGACCAUCGAGCAGAAAAUGAAACACAGAAGUGGAAGGCGAAACCUAUCAAUGAGCAGGAUGGGGUCAACCUUUGGAGAUUUACAGCCCCCCCAAGAUUGCACAAAGAUGGGGGAAGGAACACAUGCCUCCUUUGUGGGAAAGGGUUUACCCGAAAAUCAAGCUUGAAUAGACAUCUUAUUAUUCAUACUGGAGAGAAGCCCUACAAAUGUUCUCACUGUGGGAAAAGCUUUAAUCGGAAGACCAAUCUUCUUUCCCAUGAGAUGGUACAUGCCAAAGAGAAGUCGUAUCAGUGUUCGGACUGUGGGAAAAGCUUCAAGCCGAAGUGGGGUGUCAACGCGUACCAGAUAGACCACACUGGAGAGAAGGUGUACAGGUGUGCUUCUUGUAAGAAGAGCUUCAGGCAGAGACCAGACGUGGGGAGAAGCAGAUGGUUGAACGAGCAGAGGAAUGGUCUAGGACAAUUGAAAGGGGAGUGGAAAGGAAGUGUCUUCGGUCCUCAGGGGGAACAGGAAAAGCAGGUGGAACAUGAGAUCACAGAAGGGAAAAACGUAGCCAUGAUAGGUCCGUAUGUCGACCUCAGUAAAAUUAACAGCCCAUCAAAGGUGUAUAAAGGAAAGCAGAGGAGCCCCUGCCCAAUUUGUGGGAAGGUCUUUGCCACACAAUCUAGUGUGAACCGACACCAGAGAAUCCACACAGGAGAGAAGCCUUAUCAGUGCUCCGACUGUGGGAAAAGCUUUAAUCAGAAGACGAGUCUUCUAACCCACACUGUGAUCCACACCGAGCAGAAGCCAUAUCAAUGCUCCGACUGUGGGAAAAACUUCCGGCAUUCCUCGGGGCUGUUGGUGCACCAGCGGAUGCAUACGGGAGAGAAGCCUUACAAAUGUGCCAUCUGUCGGAAGAACUUCACCCAGCGUGCGCAUGUGAUCAAACACUUCGUGAGAAAGCACGCACGAGAGAAACCACCAGCUUACCUUUCUCAGCCCCCCAGUAAUGGUGGCAGCUAAAAUAGGACGGCACUCUUCAGCUUUAGCUAAGAAAUUGUUUUCCCCUCUGGAGCUCCUGCUUUGCGUCCUCACCACUUUGUUUCCUUGUAAUUCACAGCACUGAGCACUUAAACCAGGAAUGGGCAACCCACAGCCACGAGUCACAAGGGGAGGGGUGCCAUUUUGCAGAGGGAAUGCUCAAGAAGCACAAAUUAAGUUCUAAACUAGGCUUGCCAGUGCUUUAAAAUACUGUAGCUCCUCCCCCAACUCAGUUGGAGGGGAAAACAGCCCUGUCUGUUUGGACCACCAAUUCUGCUGGAGACAAAGAUGAAAAGUUGAAGCUGACUUUCAGCCACCUUGGCAAAAUUGCUCAGCCCUGCGAAACAACUGCUGAUGCCAAGCUUCCCAAAGGCAGGGAAACGACUUCUUAAUUGUACAGGUAGUCCUCGCUUACUGACUGCCUCAAUCAGCGACCGUUCAAAGUUACAAUGGUGCUGAAAAUAUAGUUUUAUGACCAAUGUCUACAUUUACGACCUUCGCAGUGUCCCUCAGUCACGUGAUAGCCCUUACAGUCAGUACGCGUUGUCCUGUGCCUGACCUGUUUUACUUUUUUCCCCCCUUACAGAGCGGAGAGAUUGGAGAGGAUUGCAAGAGAGUAAGCAGGCACACGAUGGGGAACACACAUCGAAAGCAAUACGGUGGUGCUGGCAGCCAAUGUACUCCCCGUUGUUACUCUCUUGUAAUCCCUUCCGCUCCAAUCUCUCUGCUCUGUGAAUGGGAAGGGGAGA